AUGGGGGACUACGGCCCGAGCACAAGGCGCAACAGUGUAUGCAGUGAUUGUUGUGGGAGUACAGUGUCAGAAUCCGCUGCACUCGCUUGUCCACGCAUAGUCGACGAGGAAUUCCAAAUGGCGCUGCUGCGUGUGGUGAGUCGGGGAGGGUCACCGUCGCCUCCGCCACGGCACCCGGGCCGCACCCGGUGGUCGUUCUUGAAAGACGUUCCCCGCGACCUGCUCCCCGGAGGUCUGAAGGCGGCAUCCGAGCGGGGGCAUAGAGGGCUCCCAAAGGCGGCCGAUGCGAGCACACGGCCAAGCGGAGGAGGGGAGGGAGGGGGCCAAGACAAACAGCGGGCCACCCACCAACGGCAGCAGCAGCAGCAGCAGUCGCGAGACGAUGCUUCGCGCAGGGAUCGAGUCAGCGUGGAAAGCGGACGACGGGCACAGCAAGGAGGAGACCAUGUUAAGGGAAUUGGAGCAGACGCUGCCGGUCGCGCCGAGCCGACUCCACCCGCCACCGCCCUCUCAGGGGUCGGCGAUACCCAACCCGACGUUGCCACGGCGGCGGCGGCGGCAGCAGCAGCGAUAUAUCCGAAGACUCCCCGGGUUAAAGCUGACGGCGAUAGGGAUGACGACUUCUACAGCGGUACCGAUAGCGACGAUCCCUCGACAGUACUCUCCCCGACGACGGCAGCGCGCAUGCGAUGCCCGGUCGAGGUAAAGGCGAGCCGCACGGGGCGUUCCGCCACGGCAAACACUGGGGGGGCGGGGCGGGCGGGGGCAGCGGCGGCGGCGGCGGGGCAGGCUGGCCUGGGCGUGUUCUGCAAGGCCGGGCUUAAGGUGGGAGACGUGGUGUUCGAGGAGGAGGCGUUGCUGAGGGUUUCCAAGGAGGCGGUGGGACGGCGGCCUUGGGAAGCGGUCGCGGCCGAGGGGCGCUGGAGCAAGAGCUGGGGUGUGUCGGCGAUGGACCUGCUGCAGGUGGUGGCCUUUGAAGGCGCCCCUCCCUCCGUGCAGGAGCGAGUGCUGCAGCUGUUCGCGCCAGACCCCGAAGGCGUCCCUCAAGGCCGCCUCCAUGCGUUGGAAUUCUUCUUGGACAAGCUGUGGACAGCUAUGGGUGCGCUCCGUCCCCCCGCUGCUAGCAGCAGCAGCUGCGUUGCGGCAGCGGCAAAUGGGAAAGGCGCCGGGCGCCUUCAAGACGCCGGGAGCCGUGGUGGUGAUGGUGGUGAUGGGGGGGAGAUCGGCAGGAAACGGCGGUCGUUGCUGAUGAAGGUGCUGAUGAUCUGCGACGCGAACAUCUUCGGAGAGGGAGCUAACGAAGAGAACGGGCCUCGGUCACUAUUCUGGCUGGGUUGCAGGAUAAACCACAGCUGCCUCCCGAACUGCAGCUACCACGUGCUCGACGGGAGGAUGGUGGUGAGAGCGAUCGCGGAUGUGGAGCAGGGGGAGGAACUGCUGGUGUCCUACCUCGCUUUCGAUCACGUUGCGAGGCCUACUCCAGAUCGACGCCUGCGUCUCCUGGAAACCAAAAUCGGUGGAGGUGGUAGAGAAAGAGCUGGCCUGUUGGCUGAACGGGGCUUGCGAGACGAUGCAGCCGGCGGCGCUGCUGAAGUCACGGCCUCCCCUUCCCCCCCCUACCGCCGGUACCGCAUCAUGUUUGCUUCGUCUGCGUACACGUACGUGCAAGCCCUCUUCAACCUUCUUGCGUUUGUUACCGCAGUCCGCAGCCAAUGA